GAGACGUGUUCUGUGGAAUAGUACUUGAGGUGGCAAUGGAAAUUCCAGUGUUUUAAUGUCCUUGAUUUUUAAAACUAACAAAGGAAUUCGCAAGGCGCUGUUCUGGGACCAAUUUUUUUUAUACUGUUCUGGAAUUCGCAAGGUUAUAUCCUGUGACCCGUGAUAUUUUGUGACUUUGCUAAAGCAUUCGAUUGAGUGUACCAUUUAGUGUUUUUUAUGAGUGUUUAGUUUAAUUAUUCUAGUGUUUCUUAGUAAUUUACUGAGGGUUUAAUUACAGUAAUGAAACGGUUGAUGUCAAUGCCGUAGUUUCCAUUAAUUUUAAUUGUCAGUGAUUGUGAGAUAUUCAUCAAUCAGAGUGUAUACUAGUUGAAGCUUACCGUAUCAAUUAUUUGUUAUUAGAUAUGUAAGCAACUAUAUGAAAGGCACCUUGUGAUAUAGGUGUGUAUUUUUAUUAAAUAGUGCGGUGUAAUGUUAGGAGAAGAUAUUAAUAAAGACAUAGUUUAUCCUACUAAGAAGUUAAAGCUGUCUGGAGACAAUGUACUGGAACUGCUGCGAGGAGAGAUUCUGCUUCGACAAGAAGAUCGCGACAUACAAACUAGACGAGGACGCCCCCCACACAAACGGGUACGUGAACAACGGCGCCAGCGUGGAGAGCGUGGUGACGGAGCAGCCGGUGAACAACAACCAUCUGCCGCCGCGAGCCAUCGUCGGACGGGAGGUCAACGAGCUGCCGCUGCAUGCUGAUAAACUUUAUGAGGUGUUCUCAAAAUCUCUAAUAUUUAGAGACGAUCACGAGCUGAAGGAUAAAACAGAAAGCACAAACUCCCUCGAUGAGUUGGAGACUAAAUCAGAACCUGACUACCUAUCCGACAGACCGAACAGAACCAAAGUGUACUUCGAAGAUGAAAUCAACUCCCCAGUCACUGACUUCGAGAUCAUGUUCAAAGAUGAGUUGCUGGCCAACCACAACAUGUUCAAGAUUGAAGAAGAAGAGGAGAGUGACACACAGAGCCAGGACACAGAAGAAGGAUUGACAAUGAAAGACAGUAUUGUAGCAGUUAAGAAACAGGACGUUAUCAAACCCAGUACUAUUACUAUUAAGGAUGAAACUAAGAUCACAACACUGAACCCAAUAUACCAGUACGAUCCAGUAUCUUCUAUGGUAUUACCAUCAGCUUUCUCCUUACCACGAGUGGAGAGUGUCAAAGGUAUUUUAAGAUUAAGAGGAGACAAUGAAUUCCCAAGAAGUAACAGCUCCAAGAAUUUGGAAAGAGUCGACAGUAGCAGCAAGCUGACUAGGUCCAUCAGCAGGGUCGAUAGUUUGAAGAACAUAGAUCCUAAUAAAUUGAAUAAGGUAUUGUCGAGGGUGCCACAGAGGAGUGCUUCGUUCUUGAAUAUCCCUGAGCACCUAGCACCAGAGAAACCGCCUCUAGUAAAGAGUAAAUCCAUGGUAGGUGUGAUGUCUGCUACAGAAGAAUUGAAACUGAGUCAGUUGCCUGACACUCCGAUAAUAAGGAGUAACAAUUUGCCAAGGUUCUUCGCUGAUACUCCGCCUCCUCCAGAAUAUAAGGGGGAAACCAGUUUGCAGAGUAUUAAGCAGCAAUCAGCUCUAAUGUACCAGGAAGAUUUUAGCAUGCCGAGGUACUAUGGGACUGUGUCAAAGUCGACGGAACAAUUGUCGGUACAUGAGAGCAAAUCGAUGCCAGACUUAAGGAACCCGACCACCAAUUCUUCUGGCAGGGUUAGCAAGAGACUCGUCAAACUGCGAAGUAGAUUAAAGCCGUUAGUUAUAAAGAAGAAUUCUAAUGAGAGAUUGUGAAUUCGAUUCACUGAUAGUGCCUUUGUAAGAUAGUAUUUUGUAAAAAUCUUUUUUUGGAAAGAUGUCCAAGCAGUUAUGACUUUUUAAAGAAUAAUUUUUGUGACAUCAACCCUGUAAUUAUGUUCGAACAAAAUGUGACUUUAAAAUUGAUUAUAAGUAUUAAAGAUAUGAAUUAAAGUAUUUUGCUCAAAGUGAUCACAAUUAACUGUUAUUUUAUAGGGACAUACAGUAUUUAAAUAUAAUAGCAACCCAAACUGUCAAAAUACGUUAAACUUCAAUCAAUUUAUAACUUUAUUGUAUUGCAAGUAAAGUUAAAAAUCCCUAAAAGCUGUUUGUACGUACUUAUAAUAGAGCAGGAAAAACUAUAUUUUUCUUGUUUCAAACUUAUUCAUUUAAAUAUUAAUUUAUAUUUUAAUUUUAACUUUAACGUACCAGUGACUUGUUAUAAACUUAUAAUUUAAAUAUAAGUAAGCAAAUUACCAAAAUACCUAAAUCUAUUUUAAGUAUAGCUCAGAACGAUUUGUGAUUUUAAUAUAAAUUUUAGUGUGUUUAUAAGUAAACUAUAAAUUAUAAGUUAUAAUUAUAAAUUAUCAUCCUACCUAUUGUUGUAAGUACUUAAUUAUUAUUGUCUAGUCAUUGCAUCACAUUAAAAUGGCGGCACACAUCGAAGCAAAUAAAAAAGUAUUUUAAAGUUAAAAAAGUAAUAAACAUUGAUAAGUAACAUUUUGAGUUUAAGAAUGUGUUUCUUAAAAUGGAACAAUAUCUGUAUGUAUUAUUCUUUUAUUUCCUUUGUCACAAAUUCAUGCAUUUUUGGUUGCAUAAUUGCAUAUACAUAAUAGGAUAGUUUCCAAAGUCAAAAACCACUAAUUUUGACAUUUCAGUACAGUAAAAUAUCCCAAAAUUAUGGUACUUUCAUUCCUUAAUUUUACGAUAUACUUAAUUUUUAUACUUUUAUUCAUUAAUUUGACGAUAUACUUUUUUUUUAUUAUCUAGCAAAUUUUUGAGACAAAAUUAUGCUAUUUGCCGCAAACUUACCUAUUUAUGAUAUUAUACGUAGGGACAUUUCAAUGCAAGUAUUAAAAUUGACUAGUUGGAAACUACAACAUAAAAUAAAAUAUUAUUAAAUUGCACCACUUGACUUCAUAAAUGGUGUUAUCGAAACAUAUUAUAUGUAAUUUAAUAAUUAUUCCUUAAUUUAUUUUUUAACAUAUAACUUGAUAAUAAAUGUUACACCUGUAUUAUUCUGAAUUAAAAUCUAAUAUAUAAAAUUCUCGUGUCACAGUUUCCGUUGCCAUCUCCUCCGAAACGGCUUGAUCGAUUUUGAUGAAAUUUUUGUGCUUAUCCGGUAUCUAUGAGAAUCGGCCAACAUCUAUUUUUCAUCCCCCUAAAUGUUAGGGGUAGUACAACCAUAUUUUUUUUAAUUUUCGCUGAUGAAGUCGCGGGCAGAAGCUAGUAUUAUAUGUAUAUAAUUUAAUAAUUAUUCCUUAAUUUAUUUUUUAACAUAUAACUUGAUAAUAAAUAUUAUAUGUGUACUUAUAUUCUGGAUUAAAAUAAUAUAUAUUAAUAAAUGAUUUAUAAGUACUUAAUUUUAUACAUACCUACAUUAUAUACGUCGUGUGUGCCGCUUCAAACGUAGAUUGUCGAACAAAGCAACUGAGAUCUGCAUAAUAUUCAUUUGUUUAAACUAUUUACUUAAUAAAUACAUAACCUUGUACAUACAUACAUACAUACUGUUUAUUGUUACAUGUUGAUGUUCCCAAAUAUACGUAAAGAAAAUAAUUAUUGUGA